GUUGCAUCUGCAGUGUGCUUAAUUGCCUGUGUCAAUGGUGGUCUUGUGAGCUAUCCCAAUGGUGCUGUAGUGCCCUAUGACCCUGCCAACCAAGCUGCAACUGCUGCACAUCUAGCCUCCAAGGGAUAUCUAGGAUAUGGAGCUGUUGGCUAUAACGUCCAUCCUGUUCAUCAGAUCUGGAAGAGAUCUGCAGACCCUAGUCUAGUAGCUUAUCCUAAUGGAGCUCUUGUCCCCUAUGAUGGAGCUAACCAGGCUGCUACUGCUGCUCACCUUGCAUACAAGGGACACCUCGGCUAUGCUGGUGUUUAUGGAUACCCUGCUGUCCACCAAGUCUGGAAGCGUUCUGCUGAUGCUGAUGCUGAUCCUCUUGUCUAUGCCACUCCUUAUGGAUAUCCGUACGGAUAUGGUGUACUUCCUGUCACUGGAGUUCCUCUAGUUGCCCAUCCCAAUGGUGCUGUUGUACCUCUGGAACCUGCUGCAGUUGUCCAGGCUCGUGCUGAACAUCUUGCUGCUAAGUUUGGAGCUCACUAAGAGUAUUCUGUUCUAAAAUAGUCUGAAAAUGGUUGAUGCACAAUAUGAAUUAGUUCUCUAUUGUGCAUUAUGAACUGUUUUUUUAGUGUACACCUGCAACUGGUUUUUCACUCUGAGCAUACAGUAUAUUGGUGUCGGGUGGGUAAAGGAUCUUCAAUGUACAAAUCUUUAAAUGAAAUAAAUCUGAUGAACAAUCUG